UAUAAGACUCUAUGACAUGUUUUAAUCGUGAAAUAAUUCAAUAUCCGAAUAAGCAAUACUUGUUAGUGGGUCAUCGAUAUCAACCGGUCACGAGGGGAUCUCGAUUUGGAUUGAGUAAAAAAGGAACAUAUCAAAGAAAUUACGUGUCCGGUUGUAAGAUUCGCAAGCACGACAACUCGUUCGAUUCCCCAAGCACGUAGGCUCUCCGUUUGCGUUGACGUAAUAGCAGAUCAGUUGCUGAAUACGAUACGAACCUGCAAGGCAAUUGUCAUUUUUAUACUUUCUCCCAUAAAAAAAAUCCUAGUCAUUCGAUUACAACGUCUACAGAGAUAGAGCCAAAGCGAGCACAUGCUAAGCCGACGCCGGCGACGCGCCGCCGUCGCCGCGAGCGCAUACACAUAUAUACAGGAUCGAUAAACAUAAUAUUUCUCAACCAGGUUCGCUCUCUCCUCUCAUUAUAAGCGUCUUCGAAGACUUUCGGAACAGCGCCUAUUGUGCGAUAACGAGUGCACGUGGAUUCGUCGCGUGUGACCAGAGCAAUUGCAUUGGGCAUCUGAGGCAAGAGACACGAAAGAAAACAAAGGGCUCUGAGAAAAAUCAUUUGAUUAUAAAAAUUAAGGGAUCAGCUCCCGAGUGGAAUCCGAUGUUAGAGAGACUCUCGCACACGCGAAUCUCGUGAAAGUGGUCCCAAUCCGGUCCGGGAAUCCUUUCGGGAAGCUACGUAAUCGCCAGCCGAGCGUGCUCAUUCUCGUAGGGUACCUACGAGCGUUUCUACGAGACGGAUGAAGUUUUUCGCCGCCCCGGGGCAACGGGUUUUCGCGGGACGGCCCUGAUCGUUCGAGUGAAAGUUCGUACGUUAAAUAUUUUCACGACUCGUUACAGCUCGAACGGUCAACUCCGAUGCUGAUGCGAUUCGUGACACUUAUCGUGACACUUAUCCCGCACCCAUGUAUAUAUGCAUACACGUAUACAUAUGUAUAUACAAUAAGUUAUCGUUUCUAUAUAUAGACAAGAGAAAUUCCUAUCCCUAUAACAGGUAUUCCAGUAUCAUCCCAUCCCUUUAAUUUCGUAAUAACUUUCUAUCCAAACACGUUCCUCCAAUUACCAUCUUAUUACACGGGCGUUAAUACUGCCCUGCAUUCCAUUCUGUAAUACAAAGCAACCCGUAAUACGACUCUCGAACAAUAACCACACGAUAUCUCCCGUAGUCACUAUUAAAACUCGACCAAAGAAAAAGGUACAGAUCAUUGCUAGAUAAAUAUAAUUCGUAAACACCGGUAUAGACAUAUGCGAAAGUGACCAGUCACUAGGUCCCUGUACCACGUCAAGCCAUAUCGUACAUGUUGCCGGACUCCGGGUAUCUUGCUACGGCACGGCGGAUCGUAGGUCAGUGAUAGAACGUUCACCAGUAGGCAUGUACAUACGUGGAGAGAAUCGUUGGGCGCAGUGCAGUUAGGAUUAGCAUUUCUUUGUUGCAGCGUGAACCGGGAACCAAAAGAAGCCAAGGAGUAGGAGGACAGGGACAAAAAAGAUAGGAGGUGGAAGAGGACAAUGAUGAUGAUAAUGAUGAAACGCCGACGUCGAGAGCACCGAGGAUAGGACUACGUGGUCCGUAGUCCUGAGAACGUAGUCCUGAGAGAGCAUGCCGCGGUGGCUCCUUGCCCUGGACGAACCAGCAUCCGACCCAUGUGACAGCGAUCCACGACGUUCAAUCGGGGUAGGAUCGUAGGGUCGUACGAGGGGAUGCUUAGCCGUGGGAAAGCCUGUCCCAGAGCCGCGUCGACAACGGCUGUGGCAGUUUCUGCUCGUGAGCCUCUCAGUGUAGGAGUCACGCCGCAAUUGCCCCUUCGUAACGAUCCCUACCCAAGUAACGCCGAUAACGUCUUUGGAAUACCCCGGGUCGAUCUCCACGAGUUUGAAUGGAUAGAUCCGGAUUCUUUGGAUGCCGAAGUUUCGAAACUGGUCAUAGGUUCCUCUGCUACACGAAUUCCAAGAAGAUGGAGAACCUCGACCAGUUCGGGCUAUUCGAGUCAUUCUCCGCCACUUUCGGCGGGCUCCUACUCCUGCUGCACCUCAGCCCCAAUCCACACCCCUGGUCCUGGUGCUGCACUUCAACGUACUUCAGCCAAUCACACCUCAGCGAAGGCUGCUCUCGCAGUCAUCCACGAAAGCGAAACGAUACCCAGACCGAUUUGGCCUUGCGUUACCGGAGACUCGAUAAUGCACGACGAUGGCGACGUCCUUGACGACGCUGAACGUCUCCGCUCGGGAAUCUACGCUUGUUGCACGUAUGGACAUGGGUACGGUUACUCUCACUGCGACUGGGAUUAUGGUCAGUCCACGACGUCGAGUGCUCAAGAGGUUCUGUUCGAGCUCUCCAGGACGCUGAAUUCAGUUAUAGAAGGCGGUACGGAUAUGAAAGCUGAAGAAAUUUUACGAGAUAUAUCGCGCACUGUUGCCCAGGGUAUUAAUACAAAGAAACGCUGCCUCUGUGAGGAUUAUGUUUAUCGCUUGUCCUCCGCCUCGUCAAACGUCGGUAAGGAAUCUCCAGGAGUGAACCCAGUCAAUGUAAACAUUUAUGGAAAAUCACGGUCUCUUCGUGUGCCACGAUGUACCUGCGAAAAGAAGACUUUCAGUCAGGGCCUUUUGUCCCCAUUUUUUACGCAAAUUCACCAAGUGAACGAAGAACGCAAGAAAAAAGAUGCCACACCGGCUGUCUUUUUGGUCCCGGAAUAUCCUCGAAAUCUUGGAGAGACUUUGCAUCGUUACGACAAUGUAUCGGGACUCUGUAAUUAUCGUACUUAUCGUAAUUUCAAUGACGACAGUCAAAACAAGAAGAAGCACAACGCUAUUUCGGGAAACUACUCCAGAUCGAAAGAAGACCCUUUCGCACAGCAGAAUUCACGUAACGUCAAGAGCAUCGGUCGAAAAGGUUAUCAAUUAACAGAACCUGAAUACACGACGCAGCUAGAGUGCAGUGAUGGGACUUCUUCUAGUGAAGGAAUUGUGGAGUCAAUUGGCAAGACCGACUGGGAUCGUGACGUUCGAGUAUUCGACAGGGAUUUGGAUUUUACUCUGGAUGGUUCACGAGCUGAAAGAUUGGGCAGAGUUAUCGCGAAAGCCAAAAGGAAACGGCAAUGGUGUCGAGCCGUUACAGCUAUCCUCGGGCUAGUCUUCUUCGUAUUAAGCGUUGUUGUAGUUUCCUUAUCGGUAACGAGGGGACGUAAAGUUUUUGGAAGUAUGUAAAGUUGAUUUCCUUCUGUGAACUUCACGAUGAUAAAAUGAUAUCACGGGUCCUUCUGUGCUUUCACAUAAUAUAAUGGGGUAUGGCGACAGAAAAAAAAACAGCAGCUAACGGAUGUGUGUAAUGCCACACGCUGCACCUACCCCUUAAAUAGCUUCUUUAAUUACAUUAAUUCCUAGUACCUUGUAUCGAUAAAUUAGACGCGCAGAGCCCAUUGUGACUCUGCGAGCAAUAUAAUGGCUGUGACCAUGUCGUCGUUUAUAUUUUGUUAUUGAAUAAAAUAUACUCUGUAACAAGUGUAUCGAACUGAUCAA